AUGUCUCAACCAAUUAUACUAUACGAUAUCCCACGCACAGGGCCCGUAAAAGCCUUGUCUGGUAACAUGUUCAAAGUAAGGUACACACUUGCCUACAAAGGCUUAGCCUUCAAAUCCGUCUGGGUUGAAUCACAGGAUAUCGAAGAGCGGAUGAAAGCCAUUGGUGCCAAACCUACUGGGCUUAAACCUGACGGAAGUGAUUUCUACACUCUCCCUGUUAUCCAGGACCCUUCCACAGGUGCCAUUGUCUCCGACUCUUUCACCAUCGCAGAAUACCUCGAGGAAACGUAUCCAUCCACCCCCACCAUCUUCCCCCAUGGUAGCCAGGCCCUCAUCAGUACCUUUGAUUCCACUUUCAUGCAGGGUAUACGCCCGAUGUUCCCGUUGGUACUUACCGCAGUCCACGCGAGGAUAUUACCCACAAACGUGCCAUACUUCAGGCAAAGUACCGAGAUGAGAGUUGGUAUGACGCUGGAGGAAAUUUCACCCGAAGGUCCGAAACGCGAACAGCACUGGAAGAAUGCCAAGGAUUUUCUUGGGGUCAUUGACGGAUGGUAUUCGAAAAGCGACGGUGAACGGAUCAUGGGGGAUACGUUUUCGUACGCAGAUAUCAUUGUGGGUGGGUGGAUCAGGUGCUUUAGUGGGUUGUUCGAAGGGGAGAAAUGGGAGGAGAUCAGUACUUGGCACGGCGGACGCUGGGGUAGACUCCUCGAAGAGGUCAACAAGUAUCCUAUUCUAGCCUGAUACAUGAACAGCAAGAUUCUGUGACUGGAUGUCUACCUUGUUUUACCAAUAGCGGAUUUUCGGACAUUGCAUGCGGCCCACAAUAGUUCAAUGACACUGAAGGAUGCCAGCAUUCAGUAC